GACGUCGCGUUUAGUAUAUUUCCACGCUUGACAAGGGCUCGCACACCGAAAUCCGACCUGCUCUAACGCCGAACGUCGGAUAAAACCCAAGCCCCACAGACACACGGCACGUCCCAAGACGGUCCUGAACUACAUUUCACCUUGUUCUGACGCAACCACACCAGGAUGAAGUCAAUGAUUUUCCAGUUGGGUCGCAGCCUGAGGAGCUCGGCGCCGCUAGGCGGCCUCCGUGGCGUCUACUCGGCGGCGCGUCCCGGCGUCACACGCAAGCUGGAACAGCCGCUCACCUCCGAGGAGAUUUACGCCCGCGAGGAGAAGUACGGCGCGCACAACUACCAUCCCCUGCCUGUGGCGCUGCAGCGGGGCGAGGGAAUCUUUGUUUGGGACGUUGAAGGCAGCCGCUACUUUGACUUCCUGAGCGCCUACAGCGCCGUGAAUCAGGGCCACUGCCACCCCAAGAUCAUUGCAGCCCUCACCGCCCAAGCCUCCAUGCUCACGCUGACCUCCCGAGCUUUCUACAAUGACGUGCUGGGCGCCUACGAGGAGUACGUCACCACCAUGUUUGGCUACGACAAGGUCUUACCCAUGAACACCGGUGUGGAAGGCGGCGAGACGGCCUGCAAGCUGGCUCGGAAGUGGGCCUACAAUGUGAAGGGCGUCCCCAAGAACAAAGCCAAGAUUGUUUUUGCCGAUGGAAACUUCUGGGGCCGCACCCUGGCAGCCAUCUCCAGCUCCACUGACCCCAGCAGCUACGAAGGCUUUGGCCCUUUCAUGCCCGGAUUUGAGCUCGUUCCCUUCAACGACAUUCCCGCACUUGAGAAAGCCCUGCAAGACCCGCACGUCGCCGCCUUCAUGGUGGAGCCCAUCCAGGGCGAGGCGGGCGUGCUGGUGCCCGACGACGGCUACCUGACCCAGGUCCGGGAGCUGUGCACACGGCACAACGUGUUGUGGAUCGCCGACGAGGUGCAGACAGGUUUGGCGCGUACCGGGCGGCGUCUGGCCGUGGAUCAUGAGCAAGCACGUCCGGAUAUUGUCAUUCUGGGAAAAGCGCUUUCGGGAGGUGUUUACCCUGUCUCUGCCGUGCUGUGCGAUGAUGAGAUCAUGCUGACCAUCAAGCCCGGGGAGCACGGGUCCACGUACGGCGGGAACCCCGUCGCCUGUCGGGUGGCCAUCGCUGCCCUCGAGGUAUUGGAGGAGGAGAAGCUGGCAGAGAACGCCGAGCGGAUGGGACAGCUGCUGCGCUCGGAGCUAAGGAAGCUGCCGUCCGACAUUGUGACCGCGGUGCGGGGCAAGGGCCUACUCAACGCCGUCGUCAUCAAACAAACCAAAGAAUACGACGCGUGGAAGGUGUGCCUGCGCCUCCGCGAUCACGGCCUGCUGGCGAAGCCCACCCACGGCGACAUCAUCCGCCUGGCCCCGCCCCUUACCAUCAACGAGUCUCAGCUGAGAGAGUGCAUCGACAUCAUCCACAGAACUGUCGCGGCGCUCUAGAAAGUCCAACUAGCAGUCAUGUGGCUUUGCUUUUGUUUUUGGUGAGUCGCCCCCCCCCCAGUAUUAACCGUACAGGCCAUCUGAGCUUAAAGUAAAAUCCCCACGCAAUUGUCGCCCUGCCACUACAAAAGUUUAUACUGUGCUCUGGUUGGCUAAAGAUCCCACAAGAUAGUGUCCAAGGGCUACUACUUUUGUUCAAAAUGAAACUUCUCCAAGCACUUUAUCCCCAAAAUAUGAAUGACGCGUUGUGCAUGUCGACCAGCAAACAUGCAGGGAUAAAUAAACCCGAUUCGAGGACUCAAGAAGGCAUUUGCAGAUUGAUACUGACACCUGCUGAUGUUUCAUUGCUUAAGUUGCGAUAAAAGUAAGAGAAAAAUUAAAAAGUAAAACCACUAAGACUUUGACGACAACCGAGAGAGAACAUUUUUGCACAAUGAUAAUGUCACCUAGUGGUGUUGAAGACCUGCUGUUCUAAUUCAUUGUUUAAAAUAAAAUUGAAAAAUAUUAUUUUACUACUUUUCCUUCAAAGAUGGAAACGGCAGCAUGAACCUGAAAGUUUUUUGUUGGACUAUGAAGGUGUGCUAGGGGUGCACACAGAAGCAUGUCAAGGAGCAGAAUUUAAAACUUGUUUUUCUUGAAUAGUCAUUUCAUUCUGGUGGAUGGCACUUUUAAGUGAGCAGAACGAGGGUUGCAUCUUAUUUUCUUUUCCAAGGCCAGGCUUUUGUUACGUGCAAGAAAAAAAAAUGCAAUAAAUUCUUGCAGCCA